GAUGAAAUUGCCAUCACAUAUCGCAACACCGGAUAUUGAACGAUUAUUUUAUGUUUGAUUUGUAGACACACAGACAUGUCGGACGACCAAAUUCUACACAAUACCCUCACGGAAAAUGAGGAACAGCAGGCCUCAUCGACCCUACGAGCAGAAUUGAAGGAAUGGGAGCGCUCCUUCGCCUCUGCAAAUGGCGGCCGCAAACCCGGGAGAGAUGAUAUCAAAAAUAAUACUGCCAUUUCUACCAAAUACAAACUCUACUCCCGCCUACGCGCCCAGUCGUCGCAGGCCAGCGCCCGCUCUCCAGUUCCAGCGGAGGAAGUAUCACAGCAGAGGAAACGCAAACGCCCCUCAGACACACAGGAAGAUAUAAGCGGGCCACCACCACCACAAUUCUGCUCAACACCCCGAAAACCCCCCAAGCAAAUCCCCGCCACACCCUGUAGGGGUGAACUAUUAACAUCAGCAACCACACCGCUUCCUGCAAACGCCCACCCAUCGCAACUAGACCCCUACGAUUCCCCAUCGACAUUACGUAGACUCUUCAGCCCCAGCUACCAUAACAAUCCCCACGAGUAUCCCCACUCAUCCUCAUCUCCCUUACCCCUCCGCGCAGCCAUUGGACCUACGCCGCAGCGUGAUGGUAAGGCUCUGGGUCUAUUUGACCUCCUCUCUGCAUCUGGAGGUAGCCAUCGCAGUAGAGACAGUGCUACUGCUGCGACGCCGUCCUCGAAACAGCGAAGGGGCUUUAAUAGUCACCGGGGUGAUAAGGAUGACAUGCAGACUCCUUCGCGGCGGAAGGGAGGCCGAGCCAAUGCGGGAAAUCGGGUUGACAAGGAUGGAGAGAAAGAUUAUGAAAACUUCUUCGCCAACACACGCACCCCAGCGUCAUCUGCUAAGAAGUUCUACCUGGCCAACUUCUUCGCGACGCCGCCUGCGUAUCGGUAUUCGACUGUCAUCGAUGGCAGAACAAGUAGUCAUGAUGACGACAGUAAUCAACAGGCAGGUAACAAUGACACAGUGAAUGAAAAAAGAGGUUCAGCGUCAAACGAUCCAUUGGGCUCAGAUACGCCUUCUUUCCUCCGCCGACGGAACUUAUUCUCGUCAUCGUCAAGGCCAAACUAUCAACAACAUGCACGCGUGGCCAGUGGGGCUAGCCUGCACGAUCUAAGCCCCAUUGCGGUUCGCAUGCCGCAGAAACUUGUCGGGAGGGGGCUAAGUACUAUCGUUCAGGGGUUACGGGAUAUUCAGGAGGAGAGGCUGGAUGAGGAGUUGGAUGUUUUGAGAGAGAUAGAGGCGGAGGCGGCGCGAGAGGAUGAUAUUAUUAUUAAUGAUAGUCAGGUUCCCGUCCAUGAUGAUAGAGAGGGAAAUACAACAACGCGACAAUGGAAGAAGAAAGGACAGAAACGAACGACGCGACGGGUUAUCAUGAGGCCAGUCCGUGCGAAGGUGAAAGCAACACCGGAGUGGCCCGUUACUGUGAUUGAUGACGGUGACAAUGAAGGUGGAAAUGGAGGAAGCGAAGAUGAGCUGGCGGCUAUUUCAGAAACCCAGCCGCAACCUCAACUUCAACCUCCUGGUGCGAACAAGGAAAAUGAAAAUGAAAGUGAAGUAGCACGUGGUCGCCGUGGUGGAUUAUUCUCGGCAUCUGACAAAGAUAAUUAUGCCGACAACAAUAUCUCAGAACUCAACCAUAACAACCCAUAUUCUGAUCUAGAUUCGGACUCAAACUACGAAGACGAUACUACGGCCCCGGCAUCACCAUCUCACUCUAAGGGCCGGGCGGAGGCGAAGACGCAGAAGUUUGUUCUUAAGAGUACUACCAAUGCCAAUGGGGCGAAACGGAAACAGGCUACGACGGCAACGGCAGCUACUCAGAAACGCAAAGCCAAAACGGACGCGCAUGCUAAUUAUCGCGCGCUGAAGAUUCGGGGGAAAGGCUCCCAUGCGAGGGGUGGCGGGAGGCGGUUUGGGAGGAGGAGAUGACGUGACAAUGGUAAUUGUUUGCAUGGGAUGGGAUGAGAUAUUAUUAGACUAGUUGGGGGGAGUUCUACUAGUGCGGCCCAUAAGAGGGGCCGGGUAUAUUAUAUGCUUUUUUGUAUAGACUAUAAACUGUGGAGUAUGAAGUUAGGGCAGAGAGCCAAGGUGGUCAGUUAAACGAGUUUUGAAAGAGAAAACAAUUUUUUUAACUUGGGAAUGAAUAUAGCCAAAGGAGCAAAAAACCCGAGUCAAAAAGUUUCUAUCAUAAUAUACAUGUGCGAUGUAGCAGCCUGCCCAUUUAUGAAACAUCUUUACCCCCUUUACGCCUCGCGCUAUGCUGGUUCGAAAUCAUAAGACAAAAUUAAAAAAGGGGACUUGCACCGUACCUAACCUCAACUUGUCACGUUUUAGAUGCUCCUGAUAUCAAAACCGUGAAAAGUACGUAAGGGCUGCUCCGCAAUCCA